AUGGCACCACCCGCUGGAGCAUCAGCUUCCAAGGCGCCGUCAAUGAGGGCAUUGACAGCGCGACUGAAGGCAGCUCAACUGUCCUUCAACGACAUUCAGCGGUUCACCGAGGCAUUUUCUGAUGCGAAUACUGUUACAGAGGUGGAAAUACGUAUUGCAAAACUGGAUGAGCUGUGGGAGAGCUACAGUGCUACCAUGGUGGAGAUCUUCGCUCACGAAGAAUACAACGAGGAAAAGACGUCGCUUGAGAAGGAACGUGCGGAAUUCAGCGAUCGAUAUUAUGAGAUCAAGUCCUUCCUAAUGAACAAGAUCAAAUCGUUCCUGAAGCCCCAGAUUCUGGAGCAGCCGAAAGGAGGUGGAUAUGGGGCUUCCGUAAAUAACGAUCACGUUUGCUUGCCGCAGAUCCAGCUGCAGAUGUUCAACAGAAUCAUCGACGAUUGGAUGACUUCCCGCGACCUAUUCACAUCGCUCAUCCACUGGAAAGUGGAUCUACCGGAAGUGGAAAAACUUCAUUACUUGAAGGGCUGUCUUCAAGGAGAACCCAAGGCUCUCAUUGAUCCACUUCCAAUCACAAAGGCCAACUAUCAAGUGGCGUGGGAUUUGCUGUUGAAGCGCUACAAUAACAGCAAGCAGCUAAGGAAGCGGCAGGUACAAGCUCUCUUCAAGCUGCCCACACUCUCGAAGGAAUCAGGUGCAGACCUGCACACCCUGGUUGAAGGCUUUGAACGAAUCGUGCACACACUCGACCAGGUCGGCCAGCCGAACAGUACAAGGAUCUUCUGUUUGUGA